AUUCGCUUAAUGUUUAUUUUUUAUUUUAUGCAGUACCUGCCCGAAUGCCAAUAUGGGGACAGAACAACCUCUUACACACAAUUUAAACUCAUGUAAUACAAAUAGCUUGGUGGUCGACCUGUCAGGACAAGGCAGAAGUAAAUUGGAUCCAAAUGUACUUUCCUGUAUGGACGCUCAUACGCUCAUCUUAGACAAUAACAAUAUAAUAAAGCUGGAAAAUCUAGAUGAAGGCACAGAAAUUAAGCAGCUGUCAGUGGCAAGUAAUCGACUGGUGCGGAUGAUGGGAGUGUCAAAGCUGAAAGAGCUACGAUGGCUGAACCUUCCCAACAACAGCAUUGGCUACAUCGAAGGACUAAAGGACUUGGUGCACCUGGAAUGGCUAAACCUGGCUGGUAAUAACUUGAAGGUGAUGGAUGAGCUGAACUACUGUGUUGCACUGCAGUAUCUGGACCUGUCAGAUAACAACAUAUCUGCCAUUGGCGAUAUCACUAAACUUUCUAAUCUAAAGGCAUUACAUCUCCAUGGAAACACAAUCACAUCUCUGCGAACUGUUCCAGUGUACUUUCCACAAACCUUAACGAUAGUGACUUUGGCUGAAAAUGAGAUCAGAGACCUCAAUGAGGUCUCAUACCUAGCUUCUCUCUGCAACCUGGAACACCUGUCAAUCAUGGGUAACCCGUGUGUAAUGACCCCGUCGAGCGCACCAGGCUGUGACUGCAGGCCGUAUGUGCUGAGCUGGUGCCAAACUGUGAAGGUGCUGGAUGGAUGUGCGGUGUCCAAAGAGGAACAACUGCAGGCAGAAUGGAUGCGUAGUCAAGGUAAAAGCCGUAGCUUUCACCCAGGACAGCAUGAGGCCCUGAUGAAGUACCUGACCUCGGUCUGCCCUCUGGAUGACAAUUCAGUAUUUCAGCUUACAGACAAUGCCAAUGUAGGCAGAGUUCUACACAAGCCAAGGAGUGCAGGUGUGUGUAGCCCUGCCGAAUCCCUCCCUGCUGGUACAGGACAGCAAAUUAUAAACAAUUUAUCUGAGAGGAGUUCAGUAUAUCAGGCUACGGAUCUCCACAAAGAAGAAAACAUGUUGCAGGAGCGCUUCUCUCCCAGUCUUUCAUUAGUCCUCAACAAAGAUUCUUCUUACUUGGCGUCGGACGACGUGCAGACAGAUGAGGAGAAGCUCCAUGGCACUCAACUCUCUUCGGAGUCCUUCUUCCUCCCAGUGGCGUCCUACUCCACAUGCCCCUCCAUGCACACCGACGAGCACGAUGACAAAACAGACCAUCACACUCGUCAUCCAUUCCAGCCUGUGAAAAGUAGCAGCAAGACAUCCGGAGGGGGAAAAUGUGGAAAUACGUUCUACCCCAUUGUACCUUUGCCCAUAUUGUCUCACACACAAAGUUACCCAUCUCCGAUGUUUGGACAAAAGCGAUCAGAAGUGGAGGGAAGCUUGUGUCCGUCGUGGAACACUAACACAAAAACUACGAGUGAAAAUGAAUGUUGGUCGGGAAACGAAAAAUCGGCCGCCAUUGCAGAGAGGGAUGGAGUGGCGGAGUGCUCUGUGGUAUCGGCUGCAGUGAAAAUCCAAGCGUGGUGGCGGGGCCACAUGACGCGGCUUCACAACGCUGAGGCCAAAGAGAUGCAAGCAGAGGUCCGUUUGCAUCGCAUGCAGGAGCACAUCAUCUACUUGACUUCAGAGUUGCAGAGGGUACGUAAAGAACAACAGCAAGAGAGGCUGCAGAGGAUGGUUCAGGAGGAGGCUGUCAAGAGUCUGUGGAGUCAGCUCCAGUCCCUGAUCGCAUGGCAGAAUACAGUCACAGAAAAGAUGAAGGAUUCUACUGUGUCCAGUUCCUGGCCCUGUCCUCCUGUUGCUGGUUCUGAAAAUCAUUGAAAGACUGUUUUUUUGUGUGCCAAAGGCGGCGGAGCCAUGCUCUUAUGGCAACCACCAGGACAAUACCAAUCCAUGAGAGCAGCGUUUGGCCAUGCACAGUUGCUAAGGGAUGACAUGCCCAUUUUUAUGGUAUUUUUAUGGACUGUGGAUGGUUUACAAGGGAGUUAAUCAGACUCAACCUCAGUAGCCUGUGUUAAGGCUAUAAAAAGCUGUAUGCAUCAACCAGCAAGAAUAAACCUCCACAGUCUAUGACUUACCACCAGAACAUUACCAGUGAUGAAGCAACUCUGUGACUUUGUGUUCUGUUUUCCACUUAUGCAGAAGAUUUGAAAUACAGCAUGGGGAAUGUAGAAAGGCAGCACGGCAAUUCUGAGCAAAACGGAGAGGACCUGUUUGUUGGAUAUUUUAAUUUCAAUUAAAACGGUCCCUUUCAGAGAGUAUUAGAUACUUGUUCAUUAGCCAUUGCAUUAUAUUUGCCAUUUUUGUUUGGUGCUGCCUUUUUUUGUAAAGUAAUGAUUGCGUUAUGGACAUGUGAAUGUUAUGAACUGUUUAUUUAUACUCAAUGUAAAAUAUUUUUUCUCAAAGUGUGUCCAUUUUAUUAAGGAAUAUUGUAUUAUAAUUAUCUGUAUACUAUUAGGCGUUUACCCAGAACACUUACCGUACUCAAGUAGUCACCAUACCUCAUAGUAAUUAGUAUACUAUAUUACAUUUGUCAAACUUUUACAUUACAUUGCAUUUGGCAGACGCUUUCUAACCACAGCGACUUACAAUCGAGGUCAUAAUCAUACCCUACAGCACUUGCAGAUCAAAAGUGCACAGGAAAUAUGCAGUGGUGCAUUUCUUGAAACCAUAGUUUCUAAAGUUAGCUACUUUGUUGGUUGCCAUGCAAUUUCCCUCUGUCAACUACCCAAGUUGCUAACUGCUAACAACUACGCUUUUGAGAAAUGCACCCCAAAACAAUUAGUGCAGAUGCCAAGUAGGGUUAGGUUUUUUUCCUGUCAAAGUACAUUAGCACUUAAGUAGAGUGCACACACACAUGCCAUAAACUUCAACUGCUCUACAUCAUCAAUCAUGAUCCAAGCAUGUCUGUUUCAAUAUAUCUGAAUCCUCAUGACCCCUCCUUGCUGUAGUAUUUUAGUGGCUAAAACUUUUUUUUGGACUUUUAUCAUUUCAAUAUCUUGCUUGUUAGAUUGAAUGACUUCUUGCCAAAAUCAGUCAUGUAAAAUACACAAGCCAAACGUUUUUACCAAACCUUCUCAUUCAAUGUGUUCCCUUUAUUUUCAUGACUACAAUACACUAUACAUUCUCACUGAAUAAAUGACAAUGCUGAAUAGAA